GAGCAGGCCCUGGCCCUGCAGCUCCAGAAGAAGCUGAAGGAGCUGCAGGCACGGAUCGAGGAGCUGGAGGAGGAGCUGGAGGCGGAGCGCACGGGCCGGGCCAAGGUGGAGAAGCAGCGCUCGGAGCUGUCGCGGGAGCUGGAGGAGCUCAGCGAGCGGCUGGAGGAGGCCGGAGGUGCCACCUCGGCCCAGCUGGAGCUCAACAAGAAGCGGGAGGCCGAGUUCCAGAAGCUGCGGCGGGACCUGGAGGAGGCCACGCUGCAGCACGAGGCCACGGCGGCCGCGCUCCGGAAGAAACAGGCCGACAGCGUGGCCGAGCUGGGAGAGCAGCUGGACAACCUGCAGCGCGUCAAGCAGAAGCUGGAGAAGGAGAAGAGCGAGCUCAAGCUGGAGCUGGACGACCUCAGCGCCAACGUGGAGCAGCUGAUCAAGGCCAAG